AGCGCGAGGCUGGCGUCGGGCCGCCGCGGGAUUAAGUUUCUCAGUCACGCGUGAGUGUGCGCUUUGAUCCCGAAGCUCCUCGCCGGGCCGUUACUUCAGAAGACAGCGAGCGUGGGCGAAGCGAGGCAUCCAGAGGCCCCGGCGACCCCUGCUCCCUAGCCCUCUGCCCCCUCGCGUCCCGGCCCUGGGCGGCCGCCGCGAGCCGGAGUUCCAUUUUAAUUGCUGUUAAUCAUUUUAGAGAAGAACACUGAACUUUGAAAAAAAUGUUAGAAGCCAUUGACAAAAAUCGGGCCCUGCAGGCAGCAGAGCGCUUGCAAACCAAGCUGCGAGAACGUGGGGAUGUAGCAAAUGAAGACAAACUGAGCCUUCUGAAGUCAGUCCUGCAGAGCCCUCUCUUCAGUCAGAUUCUGAGCCUUCAGACUUCUGUACAGCAGCUGAAAGACCAGGUAAAUAUUGCAACUUCAGCAACUUCAAAUAUUGAAUAUGCCCACAUUCCUCAUCUCAGCCCAGCUGUGAUUCCUACUCUGCAAAAUGAAUCGUUUUUAUUAUCCCCAAACAAUGGGAAUCUGGAAGCGCUUACAGGAUCUGGUAUUCCACACAUUAAUGGGAAACCUGCUUGUGAUGAAUUUGAUCAGCUUAUCAAAAAUAUGGCCCAGGGUCGCCAUGUAGAAGUUUUUGAGCUCCUCAAACCUCCAUCUGGAGGCCUUGGGUUUAGUGUUGUGGGACUAAGAAGUGAAAACAGAGGAGAGCUGGGAAUAUUUGUACAAGAGAUACAAGAGGGCAGUGUGGCUCAUAGAGAUGGAAGAUUGAAAGAAACUGAUCAAAUUCUUGCUAUCAAUGGACAGGCUCUUGAUCAGACAAUUACACAUCAGCAGGCUGUCAGCAUCCUGCAGAAAGCCAAGGAUACUGUCCAGCUAGUUAUCGCCAGAGGCUCUUUGCCUCAGCUCGUCAGCCCCAUAGUUUCCCGUUCUCCAUCUGCAGCCAGCACCAUUUCAGCUCACUCUAAUCCAGUUCACUGGCAACACGUGGAAACUAUUGAAUUGGUGAAUGACGGAUCUGGUUUGGGAUUUGGCAUCAUAGGAGGAAAAGCAACUGGUGUGAUAGUAAAAACCAUUCUGCCUGGAGGAGUAGCUGAUCAGCAUGGGCGUUUAUGCAGUGGAGACCACAUUCUAAAGAUUGGUGACACAGAUCUAGCAGGAAUGAGCAGUGAGCAAGUAGCACAAGUCCUUAGGCAAUGUGGAAAUAGAGUUAAGUUGAUGAUUGCAAGAGGUGCCAUAGAAGAACAUACAGCACCCACUGCUUUGGGCAUCACCCUCUCCUCAUCCCCAACUUCAACUCCAGAGUUGCGGGUUGAUGCUUCUACUCAGAAAGGUGAAGAAAGUGAGACAUUUGAUGUAGAACUCACUAAAAAUGUCCAAGGAUUAGGAAUUACCAUUGCUGGUUACAUUGGAGAUAAAAAAUUGGAACCUUCAGGAAUCUUUGUAAAGAGCAUUACAAAAAGCAGUGCUGUUGAGCAUGAUGGCAGAAUCCAAAUUGGGGACCAAAUUAUAGCAGUAGAUGGCACAAAUCUUCAGGGUUUUACUAAUCAACAAGCAGUAGAGGUAUUGCGACACACAGGACAAACGGUGCUCCUGACACUAAUGAGGAGAGGAAUGAAGCAGGAAUCCGAGCUCAUGUCAAGGGAAGACGUCACAAAAGAUGCAGAUUUGUCCCCUGUUAAUGCCAGCAUAAUCAAAGAAAAUUAUGAAAAAGAUGAGGAUUCUUUAUCUUCGAGGAGAAACACCAACAUAUUACCAAUUGAAGAAGAAGGGUAUCCAUUACUGUCAGCUGAGAUAGAAGAAAUAGAAGAUGCACGAAAACAAGAAGCUGUCCUGCUGACAAAGUGGCAAAGGAUUAUGGGAAUUAACUAUGAAAUAGUGGUGGCCCAUGUGAGCAAGUUUAGUGAGAACAGUGGAUUGGGGAUAAGCCUGGAAGCAACAGUGGGACAUCAUUUUAUCCGAUCUGUUCUGCCAGAGGGUCCUGUUGGACACAGCGGGAAGCUUUUCAGUGGAGACGAGCUAUUGGAAGUAAAUGGCAUAACUUUACUUGGGGAAAAUCACCAAGACGUGGUGAAUAUCUUAAAAGAAUUGCCUAUAGAAGUGACAAUGGUGUGCUGUCGUCGAACUGUGCCACCCACCACCCAAUCAGAAUUGGAUAGCCUGGACUUAUGUGAUAUUGAGCUAACAGAAAAGCCUCAUGUAGAUCUAGGUGAGUUCAUCGGGUCAUCAGAGACAGAGGAUCCAGUGCUGGCGAUGACUGAUGCGGAUCAGAGUACAGAGGAGGUUCAAGCACCUUUGGCCAUGUGGGAGGCUGGCAUUCAGCACAUAGAGCUGGAGAAAGGGAGCAAAGGACUUGGUUUUAGCAUUUUAGAUUAUCAGGAUCCAAUUGAUCCAGCAAGCACUGUGAUUAUAAUUCGUUCUUUGGUGCCUGGCGGCAUUGCUGAAAAGGAUGGACGACUUCUUCCUGGUGACCGACUCAUGUUUGUAAAUGAUGUUAACUUGGAAAAUAGCAGUCUUGAGGAAGCUGUAGAAGCACUGAAGGGAGCACCAUCAGGAACUGUGAGAAUAGGAGUUGCUAAGCCUUUACCCCUUUCACCAGAAGAAGGUUAUGUUUCUGCUAAGGAGGAUUCCUUUCUCUACCCACCACACUCCUGUGAGGAAGAAGGGCUCGCUGACAAACCCCUCUUUAGGGCUGACUUGGCUCUGGUGGACACAAAUGAUGCUGACUUAGUAGAUGAAUCCACAUUCGAGUCUCAAUACUCUCCUGAUAAUGACAGCAUCUACUCUACUCAAACCUCUAUUUUAUCUCUUCAUGGCAGUUCUUGUGGUGAUGGCCUGAACUAUGGUUCUUCCCUUCCAUCGUCUUCUCCUAAGGAUGUUAUUGAAAAUUCUUGUGAUCCACUACUUGAUCUGCAUAUGUCUUUGGAGGAACUAUAUACCCAGAAUCUCCUGCAAAGACAGGAUGAGAAUAUACCUUUGGUAGACAUAAGUAUGGGGUCUGCUUCUGGCUUUACUAUAAAUGACUACACACCUGCAAAUGCUAUUGAACAGCAAUAUGAAUGUGAAAACACAAUAGUGUGGACUGAAUCUCAUUUACCAAGUGAAGUUAUAUCAAGUGCAGAACUUCCUUCUGUGCUACCCGAUUCAGCUGGAAAGGGCUCUGAGUACCUGCUUGAACAGAGCUCCCUGGCCUCUAAUGCUGAGUGUGUCAUGCUUCAAAAUGUAUCUAAAGAAUCUUUUGAAAGGACUAUUAAUAUAGCCAAAGGCAAUUCUAGCCUAGGAAUGACAGUUAGUGCUAAUAAAGAUGGCUUGGGGAUGAUUGUUCGAAGCAUUAUUCAUGGAGGUGCCAUUAGUCGAGAUGGCCGGAUUGCCGUUGGGGACUGCAUCUUGUCCAUUAAUGAAGAGUCUACCAUCAGUGUAACCAAUGCCCAGGCACGAGCUAUGUUGAGAAGACAUUCUCUCAUUGGCCCUGACAUAAAAAUUACUUAUGUGCCUGCAGAACAUUUGGAAGAGUUCAAAAUAAGCUUGGGACAACAAUCUGGAAAAAUAAUGGCAUUGGAUAUUUUUUCUUCAUACACUGGCAGAGACAUCCCAGAAUUACCAGAGCGAGAAGAGGGAGAGGGCGAAGAAAGUGAACUUCAAAACACAGCAUAUAGCAAUUGGAAUCAGCCCAGGCGGGUGGAACUCUGGAGAGAACCAAGCAAAUCCUUAGGCAUCAGCAUUGUUGGUGGACGAGGGAUGGGGAGUCGUCUAAGCAACGGAGAAGUGAUGAGGGGCAUUUUCAUCAAACAUGUUCUGGAAGAUAGUCCAGCUGGCAAAAAUGGAACCUUGAAACCUGGAGAUAGAAUCGUAGAGGUGGAUGGAAUGGACCUCAGAGAUGCAAGCCAUGAACAAGCUGUGGAAGCCAUUCGGAAAGCAGGCAACCCUGUAGUCUUUAUGGUACAGAGCAUUAUAAACAGAUCAAGGAAAUCCCCUUUGCCUUCCUUGCCGCACAACCUUUACCCUAAGUACAACUUCAGCAGCACUAACCCAUUUGCUGACUCUCUACAAAUCAACGCCGACAAGGAAUUACAGAAUUCAAGUAGAAUUAUCUUCUGUUGUUCCCCAACUAACCCUUUUGCUCCCAUACCCUUUAAGGCACCCAGUCAGUCAGAGUCAGAGCCAGAGAAGGCUCCAUUGUGCAGUGUGCCCCCACCCCCUCCUUCAGCCUUUGCAGAAAUGGGUAGUGAUCACACACAGUCAUCUGCAAGCAAAACCUCACAAGAUGUGGACAAAGAGGAUGAGUUUGGUUACAGCUGGAAAAAUAUCAGAGAGCGUUAUGGAACCCUAACAGGUGAGCUGCAUAUGAUUGAACUGGAGAAAGGUCAUAGUGGUUUGGGCCUAAGUCUUGCUGGGAACAAAGACCGAUCCAGGAUGAGUGUCUUCAUAGUGGGGAUUGAUCCAAAUGGAGCUGCAGGAAAAGAUGGUCGAUUACAAAUUGCAGAUGAGCUUCUAGAGAUCAAUGGUCAGAUUUUAUAUGGAAGAAGUCAUCAGAAUGCCUCAUCAAUCAUUAAAUGUGCCCCUUCUAAAGUGAAAAUAAUUUUUAUCAGAAAUAAAGAUGCAGUGAAUCAAAUGGCCGUAUGUCCUGGAAAUGCAGUAGAACCUUUGCCUUCUACCUCAGAAAAUCUUCAAAAUAAGGAGACAGAGCCAACUGUUACUACUUCUGAUGCAGCUGUGGACCUCAGUUCAUUUAAAAAUGUGCAACAUCUGGAGCUUCCCAAGGAUCAGGGGGGUUUGGGUAUUGCUAUCAGCGAAGAAGAUACACUCCGUGGAGUCAUCAUAAAGAGUUUAACAGAGCAUGGGGUAGCAGCCACGGAUGGACGACUCAAAGUCGGAGAUCAGAUAUUGGCUGUAGAUGAUGAAAUUGUUGUUGGUUACCCUGUUGAAAAGUUUAUUAGCCUUCUGAAGACAACAAAGACGACAGUAAAACUUACCAUCCAUGCUGAGAAUCCAGAUUCCCAGGCUGUUCCUUCAGCAGCUGGUGCAGCCAGUGGAGAAAAAAAGAACAGCUCCCAGUCUCUGAUGGUCCCACAGUCUGGCUCCCCGGAACCAGAGUCUAUCCGAAAUACAAGCAGAUCAUCAACACCGGCAAUUUUUGCGUCUGAUCCUGCAACCUGCCCCAUUAUCCCUGGCUGUGAAACCACCAUCGAGAUUUCCAAAGGGCGAACAGGGCUGGGCCUGAGCAUCGUUGGGGGUUCAGACACACUGCUGGGUGCCAUUAUUAUCCAUGAAGUUUAUGAAGAAGGAGCAGCAUGUAAAGAUGGAAGACUCUGGGCUGGAGAUCAGAUCUUAGAGGUGAAUGGAAUUGACUUGAGAAAGGCCACACAUGAUGAAGCAAUCAAUGUCCUGAGACAGACGCCACAGAGGGUGCGCCUGACACUCUACAGAGAUGAGGCCCCAUACAAAGAGGAGGAAGUGUGUGACACCCUCACUAUUGAGCUGCAGAAGAAGCCGGGAAAAGGCCUAGGAUUAAGUAUUGUUGGUAAAAGAAACGAUACUGGAGUAUUUGUGUCAGACAUUGUCAAAGGAGGAAUUGCAGAUGCCGAUGGAAGACUGAUGCAGGGAGACCAGAUAUUAAUGGUGAAUGGGGAAGAUGUUCGUAAUGCCACCCAGGAAGCGGUUGCCGCUUUGCUAAAGUGUUCCCUAGGCACAGUAACCUUGGAAGUUGGAAGAAUCAAAGCUGGUCCAUUCCAUUCAGAAAGGAGGCCUUCUCAAAGCAGCCAGGUGAGUGAAGGCAGCCUGUCAUCUUUCACUUUUCCACUCUCUGGAUCCAGUACAUCGGAGUCACUGGAAAGUAGCUCAAAGAAGAAUGCAUUGGCAUCUGAAAUACAGGGAUUAAGAACAGUUGAAAUAAAAAAGGGCCCUACUGACUCACUGGGAAUCAGCAUUGCUGGAGGAGUGGGCAGCCCACUUGGUGAUGUGCCUAUAUUUAUUGCAAUGAUGCACCCAACUGGAGUUGCAGCACAGACCCAAAAACUCAGAGUUGGGGAUAGGAUUGUCACUAUCUGUGGCACAUCCACUGAGGGCAUGACUCACACCCAAGCAGUUAACCUACUGAAAAAUGCAUCUGGCUCCAUUGAAAUGCAGGUGGUUGCUGGAGGAGAUGUGAGUGUGGUCACAGGUCAUCAGCAGGAGCCUGCAAGUUCCAGUCUUUCUUUCACUGGGCUGACGUCAAGCAGUAUAUUUCAGGAUGAUUUAGGACCUCCUCAAUGUAAGUCUAUUACACUAGAGCAAGGACCAGAUGGCUUAGGCUUCAGUAUAGUUGGAGGAUAUGGCAGCCCUCAUGGAGACUUACCCAUUUAUGUUAAAACAGUGUUUGCAAAGGGAGCAGCCUCUGAAGAUGGACGUCUGAAAAGGGGCGAUCAGAUCAUUGCUGUCAAUGGGCAGAGUCUAGAAGGAGUCACCCAUGAAGAAGCUGUUGCCAUCCUUAAACGGACAAAAGGCACUGUCACUUUGAUGGUUCUGUCUUGAAUUGGCUGCCAGAAUUGAGCCAACCCCACCCCUAGCUCACCUCCUACUGUGAGGAGAAUGGACUGGUCCUGACUUCUUUUAUGCUGUGUUCAGCGGGUCUUCAAAACUAUAGGGGGGAAAUAACACUUAAGUGUGUUUUUCUCAUAUAGAAAUGCUUUCCUUACUGACAACCUCACAUCAUUUUUCUUUUCUUCUUGCAUUUUGUGAACUUAAAAAAGAGAAGGAAUAUUUGUGUAGGUGAAUCUGGUUUUUAUUUAUGAAGAUAUCUAACGUUUUGUAGUCACAUGGGCAAGAAUUAUUACAUGCUAAUCUCGUUAGUAUAAAGAAAGAUAAUUCUAAAGCUAACCAAAAAAAAUGAAUUCAGUAAAUUAGGAUGAAAAAUGAAAAUAUAAAAUAAAGAAGAAAGUCUUGGGGAGUUUUAAAAAAAUGCCUCAAUUUGGCAAUCUACCUCCUCUCCCCACCCCAAACUAAAAAAAGGAAAAAAAAGUUUUCUAUUGAAAAAUCUUUAAAAAUACUGUCAGUAUUUUAAAAUUUUCAACACAGUAUAAUAAAAACAUUGCAUCUCCCCACCUCUUGCAUGCAUAUGUAUUUUUCCUGCUAAAAUUGGUUUCUAUAAUUGAGUAAAUAGCAAAUAUAUGAAGCAAUGUCCCUAAAUUUUAUAAAGAAAUUAUAUUUAAUGCACAUCUCAAUUUUCAUUUUUAUUUUUGACCUUUUAUAAAAUAUUUUCAUGUUGCUAUAAGUAAAUGAUGAUGCCACCCCAUGUUGACUAUGGUUUUUCUAGAAAGCAACUAUGCUGCUAAUCAUAAAGGAACAUAGAAGGGUCCCAGAAUCUUUAGUGCUGAUUUUAACAACUGAUGCAACAUUAAAAAUGUGUUAGUGUGCUGUGCAAUUGGUUUUCAAUUCAUAUUAAUCUUAAUGAUAGAAAACAAUGUGUUAGUAAUUAUUUUGGUUGUUUGCCAUUAGUAAAUUGAUAGAAAAAUUAAGGCGAUUAACAUAACUUCAUUUCAUCGCCUUAUAUUAACAUCUUAUAAUACAAUAGUUUAAGACUAAGGGAAACAGAUGGAGCUGUUUAUUGAGACAACUGGUGAGGAAUUAUCAUGUGUUCAUUCCCAUUUUAGAGCGUGAAACUCCUACAUUAGAAUAUAUAAAGUCACUUUAAAUAUUAUCUAUAUUUGUAACAGAAGUAGUGUACAGAUAUUUUAUUACAGCAUUUUUGUGUAAAUGCAGAAUUAAAGUGAAUAAAUAAGAAUUUUCAGUGGUGCACAAAUAAAGAAGCAGCAAGCA